AUAUUUCCGGGGACUAAGAUUUUACCCGCCACAUGUUAUUUAUACGUCCAAGAAUUCUGUCAUUGCUUCUUCACAGGAGACUAACUACAUCUACUUAUACAAUGACCAACGCCCCAGUUGCUACUACAACAACACCUGCUGAACCUAAAAGAUUUGGUCUUGAAGAUCAAGUCAAACGUAACCCCCAUCCUGACUUUAACAAAGUUGAAAACUCCCGUCCUGGAUUUGAAACUGAAACCGCCUGGAAAUAUACUCAAAUCCCUAAUAAGGACUGGAAGGUUGGAUCUGGUGCCAAUGAUGACUCCUGGAAGGCCCAUAAGAAACUCGAAAUCGACCCCUAUGGAGAAGGAAGACUCCCAGUUGACAAUUACAAAACAUUGAUUAGUGCUGUUGUCCCACGUCCAAUUGGUUUCGUUUCUACCAUUAGCAAAGAUGGUGUUCGUAACUUGGCACCUUUCUCGUAUUUCACAAUCGUCAACCAUGACCCACCUAUCUUCACAUUAGGAUUCAGUGGUGGUAGAGGUAACCCAAAAGAUACAUGUCAAAAUAUUUUGGAUACCGAGGAAUUAACUAUCAAUAUUAUAAGUGAAUGGUUUGUAGAAGCUGCUAACUUCUGUUCUAUCAAUGCUCCAAUUGAUGUCGAUGAAUGGAAAUUAUCAGGAUUGACUCCAUUACCAUCUUCCAAGGUUAAACCUGCUCAUGUGGCUGAAUCGGCAUUUUCAAUUGAAGCAAAGUUGAUUCAUUCGCACGAAUGGAAGUCAAAGGCUGACGAAAACAGAGCCACUGGGGUCCUUUGUAUUGUUGAAGGUAUCAAUUUCCAUGUGAGAGAAGAUGUUAUAAACAAGGAUUUGAAUAACUUGGAUAUUUCCAAGUUGAAACCAGUAAGUAGAUUGGGUGGAAUUACUUAUGGAAGAACCAUCCAAGGUUAUGAGAAAUUAAGACCCGAUUUUUCCAAAGAAGAAGAAAAGGAAGAAGUUAAACAGUUGUUGCAAUAGUGGAAUCGUGUGUGUUAUAGAUUUAGAUAUAUUAUCUACUUUAUACAAUUAUCAAUAUAGGGAUGUUCUCUGUUAGCUUUUGUUGGACAGAAUAUAAAGUCUCCUUUGCCGUAGGUUCAACUUUUCAGCUUGCUGAAUGAUUUAAAACUGAUGUCAGAAGCAUUUUUUAUUAAGAUAUUAUAGCGGAUAGAUAAUUCAGCUCUUCCAGCAAUAUUUUCUAGCGUGUAUUACAACAAUUUGUACAUACAUUUUGUCAUAAUUGUUUGAAUAACGUUAGCUUGUUCUUGCAUACUGGCUUGUUC